CCUCUCUCGUGUACAGCAGCAACCUGCACCUCAUUUAGAAGGUUUCUCAGACUGCACUGAGUUUUUUCUUAGAAACUGUAAGAAUGAAAUCAGCGAUGGUCUUCCAAACUGUUGCAGGCAGCUUCACAGCUAUGUACAGUGGGGUCUGCAUCUGCCUGCUCCUGGCUGCGCUGUCCACAAGCUCGUUGGGGCAGCAGACUUCAGGGUCCCACAAUGCCAAUCCUGUGGCUACUGAUCUCGAGCAGAGCUUGCUGGAAAACCACCGGCAUGUCCGUACUCCAGGCUCUGGGAAAUCUAUGCAGCAGGUGGACGGCAACGUUGACCCAAAGGCCAACCUGGGCGCUCUACUGGCCAAAUAUCUACAGCAAGCCCGAAGAGGUGCUUCUGGAAAGGUCUCUGUGAUGGGCUUGCAGAGUUUUGACCCGACACACAGAAUAAGAGACAGAGACUACAUGGGAUGGAUGGAUUUUGGACGCCGGAGUGCCGAAGAAUAUGAGUACUCUUCUUAGAGAGCUUCAAACUAUGCUUAAAAGAAAUGAAAAUCAAGUCCCAUUUCUGUACAGGGCGGAAAAAAUUGUCAUCCUUUUCAAAUCAGUGUUUUAAAAGAAAACAUAUGUAUUUGAUGUAAAUUUGUCUGUAAAACUAUACAAUGCAAUAUAUAUUAUAUAAACAUAUGCAGAAUUUUCCAGAAAAAAUAUUAUCUUUCUCCUAUAGUUUCUUACCACUCAGUUGUAGACAUAUUAAAAAGUAUUUCAUUCAUCCCUCUGUCGUCUGAUCGCCAGAAUUGUUGAUGUGUGUCACAAUCACUGCAGAAGGAAAAUACCCUCACAUCGUUAAUACACUGUUUGUUAAUAUUAACAACUUCCAAAGGAGCACAUUAUAUAUACCAAAAAAAUGCUACAGGCGUUAAGAGGCAAUCUGUCCAGAUAUCAACAUGACAAGCAUUUUUCAAUGGUUAUGAGAAUCCAUUUCAAAUUUAAUUCUGAAAAAUCUCUGGUGAAUAGAAUGAGUUCCUCAGCAGCAGCUAAGCAUUUUCGCCUUUAGGUUCUAUGCCCAAUUUUCAACGCAAAGGUGAUACUGAUGUUAAAUUUUGGUGUGGAAAUUUUACUUAUUUCACUAAAAUAGCUGCUUUUUGCAUAUGGUUUCGGGGGGGGGGUUCAAAGUCUACCCCCAUUUUAUUUAAUUAGGGCAACGUUGGACAUGGAACUGAUUUCUGAUUUAAUAUAUGGU